GCGACCGCUCCGCGCCGCCGCCGCCGACGUCGCUGCCGGCCGGCCAGCCCAUUGGCCGGCUCCUGCUGUUAAUUCAGUUUUCAGUAUGUCGUUUGCCCGCAAGGGGCAUUUCUCUUUACGCAACUUUAGUUUAGUUCUUCCCUGAAGAUUACGGUACAAGGACUGAAACUGAGACUGACUGAGACUCUGAGACUCAGACUGAGAGCUAAAGCUGAUUUGCUUUUGCAGUGCUGAAUUAGUAGCUGGUCGGUUGGUUGGUGGUUGUUGGUUCAUCGCAUCGCAUCGACUUCGGCUUCAACUUCAACUUCGAUUUCGACUUUGACUUCCUCUUCGACAACGCAUCGGUUCGGUUGGACUACUGGCUUUUGCCUUUGGUUAAAAAGUUAAUACCAAACAAGAAGUCUUAUGGUUAUGGUUACCGUGCAUGUCGGCCUGGUCCACCAACAACAUCAUCAUCAUCAUCAUUGGUUACAGAACAUAAGAGCAUACGAAUCCUAUCCGGUCUAUUAUCUGCUACUGCUGGUUCUGACAGCAGCGUAGUGCUGCGCUCCCGCUGCUACUGCUCCUUCUACUGCUGCCACUGCCACUGCCACUUCUCUGUGUGACAUACCACCGAUACUAAAUAGUGUGUCAAUAUAUGGCAUGGGCAAUCUGAAUUUCUGAAUCACUCAGUCGAGUGCAACAAAUCGUCGAAUACGGCUGGCUCGGCAAAAUACUGCGCUUCUACGACAACCGAACCGACAAGCGACACGGUAAACGGGCAAACGUUCAAACGUUAGCGUAAACCUAAAACCAAAACCUAAACUCUUGACUCUUGCUAUUCUCACGAAACCUAAAUUGCAUUCAAAUUGAUUUGUUACUCCGGAAAGUUAGUUUGCCAAUAUUCGCGGGGAACGCUUUUCGAGUGCGUGAAUUGAAUAAAUUUUGGUUGAUUUGCAUUUCGUUGUCGUUGAUCUGAGUGUUUUUCGUUUUUCGAUUUUGUAUUUAUUAUUUUAUUUUAUUUUUAUAGUUUUAUUUUUUUGUGGUGAAAUUUUAAGCAUUUGAAUCACGAAGUUCUUUCCGAGACCAAUAUAAUGUGAUUUCGGGAGUGUGUGCCAUUAUCAGAUCAAUUUGUGAACGCCGAGGAAUCUUCAUUUGCCUUUAGGAAUGCUGGAAGCCAAACAAUUCUUUUGCCUUUUACUAGCUGUGAGUAUUUUGCGAACAAAAGACAUUUACGGAGCACAUCAGCGAAGAAUCCAUGCGAAUAGAGCUGUCGAUGUAAAAGAUAAAAUAAUUGAAGUGCAAUGUUAUGCCAAGUGUUUGAAGCCCAGUACCGAGAAUCGACACGACUGCGAAAGAAAAUGUAGAACAGAAAUGACCAAAGCUCCACGUCCUGGAAAAUGUCCCAGCAUAAUUCUGUCUAAUCAUAUAGGAGCAUGUAUCGAUGCCUGUCAAUAUGACUUCGAUUGCCCUGAGACGCAAAAAUGUUGUCCAAGCACUUGUGGUCCGGUGUGUCAAGAUGCAAUCGGUCUUGACAAAGAUCCAACACUUCCCCCCAUUCCGAAGAUAGUUGGAUUCAAACUACCGAAAGGUCAACGAGUUUGUGAAGUUACGAUUCAAGCUUCAGCAAAUUCCGUGUACGCAUAUCACGUUGAAGCUAGACAACAUGUUGGAAGUCUCUUCUCGGCUCGAAAGCUUGGCAACUGGCAGUGGCAAUCUGGUGAGAAAAUUGCCGAAAUAUCAGAAAAUAAAACAAGAAGAACAGGAAUUUCUUUCAAAUUGAAGCCUGGUAGAUGGUAUCAAUUUCGAGUUGCAGCAGUCAAUGCAAAUGGUUUCCGAGGGUACACUGAACCAUCAAAACCGUUCGCCCUUUCAAAUCAGAAUAUUCGUGCAGAUCCAAAGCCACCAAAAUCACCCCCAGAUCUUCAAGUGCUUUCAUCUAGAAUACUCCCAAACGGUCUAAUGUCUCUGAGGGUAGCAUGGUGCCCGGCCAAAUCGGAUUUACCCAUAGAAAAGUACAGAGUUAUUUGGGCCUUAUAUGUACGAUCCAAUGAUGAUUCUUUGAUUGCAAAUGAAACCUUUGUUAAAGAUGCAACUCAAUUUGAAAUAACAAGACUACUUGUAGACUCUUGUUACUAUAUUCAAGUACAAGCCAUAACAAUCAGCGGCAGGCGACGAUUGAAAUCAGAAAAAGUCUCAUUGCUAUUUAAUACUACAAUGCCAUUAGUACAAAAUGGAAAACUACAAUGUUCCAACCACAAAUCGUCCAAAGAAACAAUCACAGCAGCUAAUAAUAUGCUGGAGGAUCCCACAAGCCAUAUCAAGAACUCGUCCAAAUAUGAUGUGAAAUUUCGUCCAAGUAAGAAGUUUGGAAUGAUUGUGCAAAUAUCUGGAUUCCAUCCGCAUCAGAAAGGAAGAUUAAUAGAAAUAUGUGCUGGAGAAUUCAAUUGUGAGAACCGUGAAUACGGAGCUAUCCGGCCUAAGGAUUACAUUGAAUAUGGAAAACUUAAAUUCAAUACCACUUAUACAAUAAGAACAGUUGAUCUACAAGGCAGUGGAAAAACAUCCGAAAAUGAAGUGAAUUCUUCUAGAGCACAGUUUACAACACCAAAAUGUGAAAACUGGCAUCAGCGUUUUCCAAAAAUACACGUUGAAUGCUGACGAAAAUAAUUAAUUCAACAAAUACUUCAUUUUUAUUUCUAUUUAUACGAAUUUCAACAAUAAUAAGUAAUAGUAAUUUAAAUCAAAAUUAUUUAAGCUAAA